GUGGGAGUCUUUGGAGAGAUGAGAUCUUGUGUCAUCUGCACAUGAGGGAAGAUGUCAAGAAGGACAAGUCAGAUGAAUGAACCUCAGGUGGACUUAGGGAAGCCCAGUCCCAGCAGAGAUGAUCCCCAAAUAACCCACACCAAUGUGAAGGGAUGUGGAACGUACUCAGAUGUCAAGGAGGUCACUGGUCUCAGGGAGCUGAAAGACCUGGUAAAAGGGAGUUUGACUGGGGUCAUCAAAGGGAAGCUCUCAGGAGUGUCAGUAGUCAAGGUAAGGACUGAAGAAGUCCUGCCACCCAGGCACAUAAGACCCAUCUCCUACCUCUGCCCUCCUGUCAGCUGUUAGAAGACGCAAGAACUAUGGAUAAAUUCCCUUAUCUCACAUCCUUUCCCUCUGUCUCACAGAAAUAGGCUCUUACUCUACGGCCAUACCAACCUGAACGUGCCUGAUCUCGUCUGAUCUCGUAAGAUAAGCAAGGUCGGGCCUAGUUAGUACUUGGAUGGGAGGAAUAAGCUCUUGACUUAAAAAAAAGUAGCCUCAGAUCAUCAAAGCAAGCAGUUCUGUCCUUGUCCCUAAUCAAGGUGAGUGUUGGGCAGGUUCCCCAUCCCAGGACACAUGGACCACAUUGAAUUGAGCCAUGUCUUUCAAUUUAACUUGAACAGCUGUAGCCAGAUAUAAAGGGUUCUUAAUCCCUUUUAUUCUGUUUCAGAGAAGUGGGAACCUAAGAGUUUGCCGCAGACCUGUAGAAGGGUGGUGUACAGCCCUUGACAUGGGAAAGCUGAGGGCCCAGAGUGAGCAUGGAAAAUACCAUUUACCUUAAGUAGGGUUAUUACCCAUAGUCCAUCUCACUCUUCCUGUUCAGAAUGGGAACUCAGUUUCAAACUAGCAUUUUGAAGCUGUAGAAUGUUGUCAGCAUCUCUUAGAGUAGUUCUAGGUGGCAGGAGAUAAAGUCUUGGUCUGAGACAGUGUCUUCAGUUCCUGUACAAGAACAAGGUUAAUGCAGCCUCAGAACUUGUGGGGAAGUAUAUCCUGCAAGUAUAUUAAGGGUUUCAACUACCCAGAAUAUGAACAUUCUACAUUUUCUGGCCCCAAAUAAUCUGAUAGCAGCCCUGGGGGCUCAUGCUCUGACAAGGCUGCACCCCAAAUAGCUUUCUUUCUUUCUCUUUCAGCCUCUUGGGGUUCUAGGACUGCUAAGAGUCCUUGUGAUCCUGGAGCACCACUGAAGAGAAACCAGACAACAUGACUAUUUGAGAGCUGCAAAAGAGAAUGGCUACCAGCAGGGUCCACUCACCCUCAUCCUUUCCCUCUCCCUUUACCCAUCAGGCCUGUGAAUCCUCAUUGUUGUAACUGGGACACUAUCCUGCCUGCUGUUACCAAAAAAGUCACAAUGGAUGUUUCCCAUAACAUUCAUCACUGCAACCUCCCAGCCAGUCCUGGAGCCCAAGGGGAGGUAAACAAUGCUCAGAUCAUCAUGGCUGUUGCAGAGAAGGAGGAAGCCAGCACCACCACCUCAAAAAAUGUGUAUGAUAGUGGAACACCAUGUUCUCCCCAGAGUCCUCAGAGAGCCUGCUCUCCCCCUAUGAUCAUGGGCUCCAUUCCCGAGUACCCAUCUGAUGAGGCUUCUUGCAACCAAAUAGAGGAGCUGGAAGACACUGUGUCAUUGUUGCACAGGGCACUAAAUAUAAAGGUGUUUGACCUGGUGCACUUUCUGCUUUUCAAAUAUGAAAUGAAGGAUUUCACUACCAAGUCAGAAAUGCUGGAAAGUAUUGUUAGAGAGUAUGAAGAGUACUACCCUGUGAUCUUUAGUGAGGCAUCGGAGUGCUUAAGGCUGGUCUUUGGUAUUGACAUGAUAGAAGUGGACCCCUUUGUCCAAUCCUAUACCCUUGUUACUGCCCUGGGUAUCACCUAUGAUGGGAUGCUGAGUGAUGCCCAGGGUAAGCCCAAGACAGACCUCUUAAUAGUAAUAUUGGGUAUCAUUUUCAUGCAGGGAAACUGUGUCAGUUUGGAGAUGAUCUGGAGAAUGCUGAAUAAUAUAGGGUUUUGUGAUUGGAGAGAUCCUUUCCUAUGUGAAAACCCCAGGAAGAUAAUCACUGAGGAUUUUGUGCAGGAAGGGUACCUGGUGUACAGGCAGGUUCCAGACAGUGAUCCUCCUAGCCAUGAGUUCUUGUGGGGCCCAAGGGCCUUUGCUGAAACCACCAAGAUGAAAGUCUUGGAGUUUUUUGCCAGCAUUACUAAAAGUGAUCCCAGAUCCUACCCUGAAAAAUAUGCAGCGGCUUUGAGAGAUGAGCUAGACAGGGCCUAGGCCAGAAUUGUUCAGCAGAUGAUACUACUGUCCUGAUGAGCACACAUUCUAGUGCAUUGGCAGUUUCCAACCAACAUUAGGUCAGGCAGAGUCUAUAAUCCAAAUACUGUACCCUCAUUCUGAAGCUGGUAGGAGGAGAGUAUGAAGCAUUCUACUCCUACUAUUCUGUUUCGGUAACUUUAGGAUUCUUGGUAUUCCAAAAUGUUAAUAUGCUUACUACCAAAUUCAUUAGUUCUAAGUUUACAAAUGUCAUUAGUAACGCCUGUGUUGUUGUUGAUCCAGGUUACAAGAAUUUUAUUAUUUUAAAAACAAAUGAGAAUUACUUCUGCCUUAAUUUGUAAUACUCACAAGAAACCGUAACAUUGAAAUUGGAAUUUCCUGGGCAGUUGGGAAAGAACUUGGCAUUAAAUUGAACAACAAAAAUAAAAUUAAUUUUUGAUUGUCUUACAAA